GUUAGCGGUAAAGCGAUGGGCUAGCUGACGAUAAUGAUUUGAGAUAACGGGGCAUUGUAACGUAACUUUACACAACUUUAGUGGUUUUUGGGUCGUUAACUCAACAUUUACUUUAAUAUCUAUAGUUAACUAACACCAGUCACUCAGCCGUCCCGAAGUACUCAGUUUUAUCUGUACCCAGUGUCCCACUUUUAGCCAGUCAUUGCUAUGGCCUCCGACAGCGGCGACAGCAACAUGGAUCGAGAAAUGAUCCUGGCCGACUUUCAGGCUUGUACUGGAAUUGACAACAUCGCGGAGGCAAUCACCCUGUUAGAGCUUAAUAACUGGGACUUAGUGGCAGCCAUCAAUGGGGUGAUACCACAGGAGAAUGGGAUCUUACAAAGUGACUUUACCAGCGAGGCAAGUCAGGCCACCAUGUAUGGACCCCCCAGCCGAUCAGAAGCAGCAGAAGCGGCAACAACAAGUGAAGGUCCAGCCCCUUCUUCAUCCUCUUCCUCCUCCUCUCCUCCAUCGUCCUCAGCUUCAGCGUUUUGCCCCAUCAGCCCUUCUUCCCGACACAUUGUAGAGCGCCAGCCACGCAUGAUAAACUUCAAGGUGGAUUACAGGGAAAGAUCAGUUGAGCUCAUGCUUGAGGAGAGCAGCACAGUUGGAGAUAUUAAGGGAAUCCUCCAGACAGAACUUGGCAUUCCAGCAUCCAAAAUGCAUCUGAAAGGAUGGAAGAGUGGAGACGUCUCAGAUAGCACGGUGCUGAGAAGUUUACACCUUCCCAAGAACAACAGCCUGUAUGUCCUGACCCCCGACAUUGCCCCUACUGCCAGCACCAGCAAAAACAGUGCACUUCAGGAUUCACUAAAUCAGAACUUCCUGCUGGUCAUUAGCCAUCGUGAAGCUCAGAGAGACUACAACCUCAAUUUUCCUGGCUCCAAAACUAUACAAGAGGUAAAGAGGAACAUAUCAGACUUGACCAACAUCCCAGUUCGGCAUCAGCAGUGGGAGGGAUGGCCCGCGUCAGCGUCCGAUGAUUCUAUGACGUUAGCUCUGUCUGGAAUCAGCUAUCCUUGCCAUCGCCUCAGUGUUUGUCGAAGGUCUUCACCAGCUAACGCCCAGGAACCAACAGAUGAGUGUACAGAUGUCCAUAUGAUCAGUGACAGUGAGGGGGACGAUUACGAAGAUGCGUCAGAAUUUGGGGUGGAUGAUUCAGAAAUGUUUGGAAUGACCUCGUCAAGCUGUCGGAAAUCACCUAUGAUGCCAGAAAACAGUGAGAACGAAGCGGAUGCCUUACUUUACUUUACUGCCGAAUUUUCUUCAAGAUAUGGAGAGACCCACCCGAUGUUCUAUAUUGGGUCUUUGGAGGCAGCGUCUCAAGAGGCCUUCUACGGCAAAGCCAGAGAUAGAAAGCUGUUGGCCAUCUACCUCCACAAUGAUGACAGCGUCCUCAGCAACGUCUUUUGUUCCCAAAUGAUGUGUGCAGACUCUAUUGUCUCCUACCUGAGCCAGAAUUUCAUCACAUGGGCCUGGGAUGUCACUAAAGAAGCUAACAAAGCCAGACUUCUCACCAUGUGUACGAGGCACUUUGGCAGCGUGGUAACACAGACUAUACGGACAUACAAGACAGACCAGUUCCCCCUGCUCCUUAUAGUUAUGGGCAAGCGAACAUCCAAUGAAGUUCUAAAUGUUAUUCAAGGCAAUACAACAGUGGAUGAGCUGAUGAUGAGAUUAAUGGGAGCGAUGGAGAUUUUUACAGCACAACAGCAAGAAGACAUCAAAGAUGAGGACGAACGCGAGGCCAGGGAGACGGUGAAGCGAGAACAGGAUGAAGCCUAUCGCCUGUCUUUAGAGGCUGACAGGAAGAAGAGAGAAGCCCAGGAAAGAGAAGAAGCUGAGCAGGUCCGCCUGGAGCAGAUGAGAAAGGAGCAGGAGGAGGAGAAGGAGGCUAUUCGUUUGUCAUUGGAGCAGGCUUUACCGGCUGAACCAGACGAGGAGUCCGGAGAACAAAUCAGCAAACUGAGAAUCCGCACACCGAGUGGCGAGUUUCUGGAAAGGCGUUUCCUGGGCAGCUGUAAGCUCCAGGUCCUCUUUGACUUUGUGGCCUCCAAAGGAUUCCCCUUUGAAGAAUUUAAGAUCCUCACCACCUUCCCUCGUAGAAAUAUCACCCAGUUGGAUCCUGGGUCAACUCUGCUGGAGGCCAAGUUGUUUCCUCAGGAGACACUCUUCCUGGAGGCUAAAGAAUAGGAAGUGACCUUCUGAAUGCUGAGAACCUUCUCACUGACUGCAGAACUGGCCGGACGCACACUAGUCGCAGAGCGUGGCUCUUCCUCUACACAGUCUGGGGCAUCCAUACAAACACACAUUAGCUUCCAUUUCUCAGACAAGCAUACACUGGCAUGCACACCCACACACACAAACACACAUGUUCAAAUAAGCUUUUCUGCCCAUGGCCUGUUUUGUGGUACAUGCAAAUCUGGUGUUGCACAGAGAAGAAAGGACUAUAUCACAAGCACACAGCCAAAAUUUUCACCUUCCGAAUCUUCUGUCCAAUUUCCUCAAUUGUUCACACAACUGACAACUUCACAUCUCCAAACUGCUGUGUCAUGGUUCUCUAUCUUACAACACAAAAAAACAAAAGCAGUGUUGACAGACUGAAUAGACAAAUCUUUGUCACAGAAAAAAAAGAAUAAAUAAAAAUUAAGGACUUAUUCCUGUUUCCUCAUUUGACACACCAAGGCCACUUUUUUAGGACAUGGUUUUUGUGUUUGAAAUGAAACUGAAAUGUUAAAAUUGUAAUAAAAAGAAUAUGACAAAUAGAUGUUGCCCAGUGAAGGUUGGGAUCUCACACGUCCGGCUGUAUUUACCCCAUUAACCUUUCUCUGAGUGUCUGCUUCCUCUGGUUUUAACAUGCACUGCUCCACACAUCAGGUUGAUCCUUUUCCUUUUUAGUUUUCUUUUUUUUCCCUGACAUUUUUUUUAGUUUGAUGCUGUAUUAGUUUUAGUUUGAUAUACGG